AUAGACUAUCAAGUCGAGAGAAACAAGCUCUUCCAAUAUUUCAGCUUAUUAAUAGGAUAUUUUCAAUACUAAGCCCCAGUUAUCGCAUUCAAUUAUGGGUUGUGCGUCAAGCACAGGGACGUCUACAUAUCCUACAAAUGGCCAUGGAAUGAGGUCAACACCAGCGUAUCCAGGACAAACUAUGGGCAAUCCACAAAAUAUGAGAAAAGGCUAUCAUACAGGGUAUCCUAAUGGAUAUGUUGGACCAGUAGGAACCACUGGAGGUGGGAUGGACAACACAGAUGCAAUGUUAUUAGGUGGAGCUGCAGGAUACAUGGCAGGUUCUUACAUGGCAGGAGGUGGCGGUCAUUGCGGGAUGGGAAUGGGGAUGGGAACUGAUCUUCCAGGAGGCUAUCACAUAGGACCUCAGAUGCCUACACAUGAUGUAACUGUCAUGGGGGUGGAUGUAUUAUGAUAGAGCCUAAAUAUGACCGUAUAAGGGCAUUUUGUUCUAUAUCGAACCUUUUUGGGAUAUGAUAUAGGCAGUAUAGAAGACUAUUGGAGUGAGAAUAGGGACUGAUCUUCCAGGAGGCUAUCAC